UUCUGCAGCAUUUCAGACCUCAAGCACUGAAUCAAGAUGGAAAAAAGAUGCUGGGUUCCUCGAUUACAGUUCAAGUUGGCAGUAGGCUGUUGUGGGGUAAAUAAGUCCAAAUUAUCAGGAAGUGGAACACACCACAUUGAGAACCAGUCAACAACUGUAUCUGGCUCUACUUCAGGUCCUCUUCAGAACCACCAGCAUGUGGUGGAUGGGAGCAUUGGAAGGGAGAAUGUGUCUGACUUAACUCUGGGGCCUGAAAGUUCCCCAAUUACUGGAAUGAAUCCCACUUUGGGAGCUCUAAGCUCCCAGACCACCAAGAAUCUGGUGGUGACAGCAGAAAUGUGUUGCUACUGCUUUGAUGUCCUCUAUUGUCACUUCUAUGGCUUCCCCCAGCCACGGCUUCCUAGAUUCACCAAUGACCCCUACCCACUCUUUGUGACAUGGACAACUGGGAGAGACAAACAGCUUCGAGGCUGCAUUGGAACCUUCUCAGCCAUGAAUCUUCAUUCAGGACUCAGGGAAUACACAUUAAUCAGUGCACUUAAGGACAGCCGAUUCCCACCCCUGACCCAGGAGGAGCUGCCUAAACUUUUCUGCUCUGUCUCCCUCCUUACUAAUUUUGAGGAUGCCAGUGAUUACCUGGACUGGGAGGUAGGCAUACAUGGGAUUCUAAUUGAGUUCAUCAAUGAAAAAGGUGUUAAAAAGACAGCCACAUAUUUACCUGAGGUCGCUAAGGAAAACUACUGGGAUCAGAUCCAGACAAUAGACUCAUUGCUCAGGAAAGGUGGUUUCAGGGCUCCAAUUACCAAUGAAUUUAGAAAAACAAUUAAACUCACCAGGUAUUGCAGUGAGAAAAUGACAAUCAGUUAUGCAGAAUAUAUUGCUUCGCGUCAAACCCUCUACAAUCAUUACUCCUGA